AAUCACCUAUCAAGUAUCCUCUCAAAUAGUCACUCAUCCAUCUACUUCCCUUUGUUUUUGCAAUCACCUUAUAAACCCAACAUGGGUGGCGUUUAAUGUUUUAAUAUAAUCCUUGAGUUUGAGCCAAGUUUUUUUUUGCAUAUUCAACUUGUGCGCUGGAAGUUAAAAGUGGAAGUGUGAGAUGGAAGAAGGAAUAUUGGUGAGAAUUGUGGAAGUUUGUAACAUUUCUCCAUCCUCACAUUCUUCAUCGGAAUCACAAAUCUCUCUUCCUCUAGCUUCCUUUGACUGGAUCUGCUUACGGGCCCCUCUGCUUCAGCGCCUACUUUUUUAUCCACAAACACAAAUACAUGAUUCCUUCACUGAUUCCAUCGUUCCCAAACUGAAGCGCUCUCUUUCUCUUACUCUCACCCACUUCCUUCCUCUAGCCGGCAGCCUCGUCUGGCCGGAGGAUUCUACCCUACCCUUCAUUCUCUAUUCCCCCAACGAUGCCGUUUCCUUCACCGUCGCCGACACUACCCAUUCCGACUUCCACCAUGUCUCCGGCCACCAUCCACGUCAGAUCAACGACUCUCUGCCCUUAAUACCCACCGUCCAAUCUUCCCAUUCUCGCGUUUCAGUUAUGGCCAUACAGCUCACUCAUUUUCCAAAUCAAGGGUUUUCCAUUGGCUUUGCCGUCCACCACGUGAUCUUUGACGGCAAAAGUUUCAACCUUUUCUUGAAAGCAUGGGCCUACAUCUCCAAACUCAUCGGAAACCAAUUGGAACUGGAAUUGGAAUUUUGUCCUUUGCCUCCGGAACUGACCCCUUCAUUUGAAAGAGGCCCCAAUGUCCUUCGAAAUCCACUUGAUUUCGUUCCCAAUCAAAGAAGCGUGAAGUGCUACACACAGGUUUUGCCUGCAUCCAACUACCUCAUUGCCACAUUUCAACUCACCCCAACACACAUACAAAAACUCAAGAAAAGGGUGUUGGAGGAAGUAGAGCAAGAAGAAGAAGAAUUGCAUUUAUCAACAUUUGUGGUGGCUUAUGCGUAUGCAUUGAUAUGUUUCAUCAAAUCGAAAGGAGGGGAGUGUAAAGAAUUUGUGCAUUUUCAACUGGCUGCAGACGCUACUGGGUUGUUGGAUCCGCCAGUUUCGAGCAACUAUUUUGGAAAUUGCCUGGCCCAUCCGGGGAUGCUGAUGGAAGCAAGGGAAUUUAGAGGAGAAAAUGGGUUUUCGAAGAUCGCCAAGAAAAUUAGCCAUUUGAUUUUGGAACUGAGAACAAAUCGCACAGUGAAGGUGUCUUCAAUAGCCGAUUGUAUUCAAUUUCAUACCAAAUACUUUUCAACAACUGAAAUUUGUUCGGUUGCAGAUUCGCCCAAAUUUGAGCUAUAUGAAACAGAUUUCGGGUGGGGAAACCCCAACAAAGUUGAGAUGGUUUCGUUGGCAAAGAACGUGAUUUCUUUGAUAGACACCAAACCAGAUGGAAUUGGAGGCCCUGGAGUUGAAAUUGGUCUCCUUUUUCCAAACCAUCGUCAAUGGGACGUUUUUGCUUCUCUCUUCGCCCAGGGUAUUAAUUAGUUCAUUUGGUUUCUUUUGCUUAUGUGCAUCAAAAUUCAAGUCUGCUAUAGAAUUUAAAUUCAUGACCUCUUAAUCACAGAUCGGUGUUGAUUAUUAUUGA